GAAAGAACUACUUUUUAAAGGUAUUUCAAAAUUUGUAAUUUUUGCUCUCUUUAAAAAGAUGGCAAUUAAAACGUAUGAAAUAAUGUAUUUACUUAUGAUUUCAUGAUUUACGACCUUUAAAUACAACCUCAGGCUAUUCGCUUGUUUUUAACACAACAUACUGUAGAACAUAAACACGCAGAUUUGGAAAUGUCAGGAGGUGGGGAGUGUGUUUUGGUGACAGGGGGGACUGGGUAUAUAGGUAGUCACACCGUGGUGGAGUUAUUGGACGCUGGUUACAAACCAGUGGUUUUAGACAGCCUCGUCAACUCAAGUGAAACAUGUAUAGACAGAAUUGAAGAUAUUACGGGUCACAAAGUCCCAUUCCACCACGUAGAUCUGUUGAACCAGGAAGACGUCGAUAAAGUCUUCGACAAGUACACAUUUUCUUGCGUGAUACAUUUUGCUGGGCUUAAGGCGGUUGGAGAAUCAACAAAGAAACCUUUGAAAUACUACAGAAAUAAUGUUAAUGGUACACUCAACCUUCUUGAGUCGAUGCAAGCCCAUCAGGUGCACAAUAUCAUAUUCUCGGGAUCGUGCACGGUCUACGGUGAGCCACAAUAUGUGCCGCUAGACGAGAAACACCCCGUUGGAGGAAUCACGAGUCCUUACGGAAAAACAAAAAGUAUUAUAGAAGAUAUUCUCUGUGAACUCUGUAACAAGGAUCAGAGAUGGAAUGCAGUUUCUCUAAGGUACUUCAAUCCAGUUGGGGCCCACAAAUCUGGUAUGAUUGGAGAGGAUCCAUUGGGGAUUCCAAACAACAUUAUGCCAUUUAUCGCCCAAGUUGCAGUGGGCAAACAACCGGAGUUGAAGGUAUUCGGACAGGAUUAUCCAACUCCGGAUGGAACAUGCAUUCGAGAUUACGUUCAUGUUGUUGAGCUAUCAAAGGGUCACGUUGCAGCAAUAAACAAACUCAGAGAAAGAUGUUCGUGGAAGACUUAUAAUCUAGGAACCGGGAAAGGCUAUUCUGUAUUAGAACUAGUAAAGGCAUUCGAGAAGGCAUCAGGGUUAGUUAUUCCAUACUCUAUUGUUGGAAGAAGGGAAGGCGAUGUACCACAGUCGUAUGCAAACAGCUCUUUGGCGAGAGAGGAACUCACAUGGCAGGCAGUAGCGCAUAUUGAUGAGAUGUGUGAGGACGUAUGGAGAUGGCAGUCUAGAAAUCCACAUGGCUACCAUUCACCACCCGCAAUGACAAAUGGUUUGGACAAAUAACAACCAUCUCUAGAUGACAUAACAAAACACAACCUUGCAAUAUGUAACAGUUUAACCAAACUGCAGCACAGACUUUGUGCUAUUAAUGUGUAUCGUUUGUGGUGCCCACAUUGGAAACAUAGUUUCAUUAUACAAAUGGGUUAAACGAAGGACCAAGUGUUCAUAUUUAUUUAAUGAAAAUUCUCCGUCUUCACCAAUAUGAUCUGCUGUGUUGAAACUGUUAAUAAAUUAGUAUGACUUGUUGUUCAAUUGUAAUAACAACAUUCCAGGUGUGAAGUUUUAGAAUAAAAACAAUAUAAAAACUGUCAAAACUGAGUUUUAAUUCAAUUACUAAAGACAAGGACUCAACAACCCACACUUUAUAUAUAGAAAUGUAAUUAAAAUGGAUUUAUUCUA